AUGCCACCACCGCUCGUUACCCACACGCGUGAGCCGUCGCCGGCGACAGACCCCGCCCCACGGCUGCCGCUGCGCCAGCCUGGGUGCCUGGUCGAGUACGAGCGAGCCAAACAACAGCACGACGGCGGCGACGCGGACAAUCGCAGACGAUUAACAAGUUCCAAUGCCAUUGAAGGGUGUGGCCAGCCGCUGCGGCGGCCCGGUCCGCUGGAUAAAUUAUCGACAUACCGCCGCAUGCGUUCACUGACGCACCAGAGUUCAGGUGACGAUGACGUGACGUCUGCUGACCAUCAUGUUCACUCAGUAAACAGUGACGCGGCUCUCAAUAAGACGGGGAAGGCGGCGGAGCAGCCUCUCCUCAUGACGCGACUGCCAAAGGAGAUGACAAAGUACAUUAUAGAUAUGGAGGAGCAGAAUCGUGAGCUUCGCCAAGAAGUCAUUGGGCUUCAGGAAGAACUUCAACAGCAGCACAUUCAGCUUAGUGCUCAUCAACAGUUGGUUGAUGCUAUCGGUGGUGAAAAUCGUACGAAUAAUCAGUCCGUUCUUUCGGAUUCACACAUUGCUUCUGGGGCGUUCGCCUCUCCAGAGGAGAGGGAACACUACAUGAAUGAUGUGCUUGCGCAGGUGGAUGCCCUUGUGCAGGCGCAUCGCAAUCAGACAGAGGCGGAAAUCCUCAAAUACAAGCAUGAGGCGGAGACAGCGAGGCUGGCCCUGUCAAAGCUCCGCGAAACCAUUGCGCUGGAAGGCGUUGACCUGUCCAUGCUGCCAGCGGCGAUGACGACUCUAACGGGACGUGCGCCAACCGCUGACAGCAGCGACAGUGGUGGUUUAGUGGCGACGGCAACAGAGGAUGCCAUCACUGAAAAUAAUGAUGAUGCCGCGGCUACUGGCAUCGCCACUGUAAUGAUGGAGAAGUGCACCCCCUUGGUGGACGCGGCAUCGGAUGCGGUGCUGCAUGACCUGCUGCGCGUCGAAGCCAGCGACGACGUGCCGGCAGUUGUGCGGCAGUCCGUGCAGCGCGGCAUUGCGGCACUCGCCCGCCACCUCGCGUCAGUGGUGGUGGAGUACGUGCGCCACUGCACCGGGGAGGUACGCUACCUACACGAGGAGCGUGAGGCGAUACGCCGCGAUCUGCGCGAGGAGGUGCGUGUCAGCGAGCAUCAGCGUCUGCGCAUGGCACAACGCUACGAGACGGAGAUCCGCGCUCUGCGUGACCAGCUGCACACUUUCCACGUUGCUGCUGCUACUGACGGUGAUGCGCUGAAAUCCACGAUUCACACGCGGGCGCUGGAGGAGUGCGGUGCGCUGCUUGUUUCCAGCCGCGAGGAGGCGGCGGCGCUGCGCACGCAGCUGGAGGAGGAGCGCUCCGACCACGCCGCAACGUGUCUGCGCCUCAAGGCGAGCCUCCAGCGCCGCAACUCGGACUUUGAGGAGGCCGUUGUGCGGCGCGCGGAGGAAAUCGUCCGGCAGCGCGACGCGCGUAUUGCGGAGUUGGGGCAGCAGCUCGAUAAGAUUCGGCGGGCGGAGAUGCAGCGCACGAGCGGGCGCACGACGAAAGGAGUGCAGACGCAAGCAGUGAAAGAGAUUGUGCUGGAUGAACCGCAUUUCAUGACGAACGUGCUGUCACUUUGCUCAACCAGAAAAGAGCCGGUCGGACUCAAUCAGAGUUUCGCUACACCAUCCUUCUAUGCUAAGCACCAUCCACCAGCAACAACGACAGCAGCAGCAGCAGCAGCAACAGCAGCGCCUUCCUCCACGCAGCUGCCAAUGACACCAUCGGGCCUGGGCGAGACUGAGCCAACCUCGUUCCAACACGACGGUUCUUUUGAAGAAGAGGUGUGGGCAAAGACAAUGGAGUUGCUGAGGAAGUACGGCGCUCUCUCGAGACAUUAG